AUGCUUCUGCCUCCAGUGGCGGCGUUGAGUGGGAGUGAAAGCUCUGUGGCUGCAGCUGAAGGGUCUGAGGAGUCAGCAGAUGCAGCAUCUUCUCAGCACGCCCGGCAGCCGGUGAAGCGGAAGCUGUCGCGACCAGCUUCAGACGAUCAGAUCGCUUUGCGUGUGUUGUUGGGUAGGCAAUGCAAGUGUGCCAAGCAGAACUGUUUUCAGAAGUUUGGCCCGGAAGAACAGUUCCAGAAAUUAGUUGAAUUUCGAAAGCAUUGGGCUGAACUGCACAAACUCGACCAAGACAAGGUGUUUGAAACUUUGCGGGCUCGAGCAGAGAAGCAAGGGGAGCCCUGGAACCUGCUAGGCACAGAUCUGUGCCUCAAGACUUGGAAGCUUUUCCACGGGAUUGGAUCACGGAGGCUUUCCCGAAUGAAACAAGCCGUACAGCAAGGGAAGACUUCCGCUCCUGCUGAUUUGCGGUAUUUGAAGAAACCGCAUUCCAAGGUAGACCAAUCGCAGCGUUCGAGUGUGGUUAGCUUCCUUGGCCACCUAUACAACAGCGUAGCGGAAACGUUACCAGACUUUCGAGAUGAUGUUGAGAGCGCCAAAGCCGAUGUAGAACUGGUGGCUGUGAAUCAGGGUUCAGACGAUGAGGAUGCCUAUGGGGACUUGAUUCAAGUGCGCGCUGAGAGCGCCAACGAGAGCCAGGCAAAACGAUCCAAAGAGCGGAGAAUGCGUGGCUGCGUGGAGCUGAAUGUGGCACGGAAGCCGGGGGUUGGUGGGCAGGAGACCCGCUAUUUACCACCAGGGCAAAUGAAAGACAUGUGGGAGCAAUACAGACUUGGGCUACAGAAUUCCACGACGAAACCUGCAAGUUUCAGUCUUUUUUGGCGGGUUUGGUUGGCUGACUUCCCAUUCUUGCGAAUAAGACCUAGCCGGAGCCACCCUGAGUGCGCGGUGUGCGUCAAGAUGAAGCUCUGGAUACGACAUCUGGGAGACCAUUUGCACGCUAGACGGCAACAGCUUGCUGCGUACCACAGCCACCUCCACCACCAGUACAUGGACCGGCUAUGUUAUUGGGAACAAAGGGGGGUGAGCCGUGCCCACGAUGGCAAGACAAUUCUUGCCAUCGUGGACGGCAUGGAUCAGGCUAAGUUUGCAUACCCCCGACAUUUGGGGUUGAAGAGCAAAGAGUUCCAGAGGCUGAUGAGGCCUCGUGCCCAUGUGGUGGGGUGCCUGGUCCACGGCUACAUGGUAGCAUUCGCAGUGACAGAGCCAGACUUGCCCAAGGACAGCACAACUCACUGUGAGCUUAUCGCCCACAUCCUGACAAAGUUAGCUCAGCAAGGGGUGGUGCUUUCUGAAGUAAGCUUCACACUCCAAUGUGAUAAUACCCCUCGAGAAUGUAAGAACGGGAUCGUCAUGGCCUUCCUAACUUCGCUAGUGAGCCGGGGAAUCAUUCGGGAGGCCACAUUGUCCUCACUACGCACAGGUCACAGUCAUGAGGACAUAGACCAAACAUUUGGUCGACUCGCUUCCUUCAUGAUUUCCCACAGUGCUCAAACACCCAUCGACUUCGUGCACGUUAUCCAAGCUUUCCUCCAACAGUCUGACUUUCCUUUUGAGCCUGCAGCCCACCGAUGGGCUUUCAAGAUGGACCAAACCAGGGAUUGGUCGGCUGAUUUGGGCUUCAAUCCCUUUUGCACCGUAUUUAAUUUUCAUUGA